UCUACGAAUAAAGGAGCCAAGCCCUGGCUCCCCAGCUGUCACACACAGCCAGAGAUGAAUGAAAGGAACUCUAACCAGGAGGGAAAGGUCCGGUGAGAUGGCAGACAAGCUGGACAUGAAGGAAAUCUCCAGCUUCCAUAAGGCUGAGCUGAAGAAAGCUCAGACACAGGAGAAGGUCACCAUGCCGACCAAAGACUCCCCUGAGCAGGAAAAGAAAAGUAAAAUUCUCUAAAAGCCUAGACUGGAGGAUUUCUCCACCCCACCCCAUCAUCUCCGAGACCACCUGGUGAUGUGGAGGAAGAGCCCCCU